AUGAGCGCCACUGGCAACACGGGUGCUGAUAUUGGCACCAAUGGUGUUGCACUACCGCACCAGCAACAGCAGCAACCCCAGCAGAGCCAAGCGGUUGUUCUACCACCGGCCCUAGGGCAUCCGCCCCUUGAAACGGACCAGCAGAAGUCUCUCGAUGACACUACCACAGUUCCUGGCACAACCGCUAGCAAUGACGACAAUAAAGAUGAUACGGCCGAGGCUGCGGGGGACAGCGAUGGCUGGGCAGAAGAGAAGCAAGAAGACGACAGCGAACAGCAGCUAAGAUUCGGAACCUCGGCGGCACCAUCACAGGCGGCAGGCCGCGCUUCGGAUGCUGGUGUUGGCGGCGUCACCAGUAGGCCCCACGCCCUGGCGCCGCAGAAGCGGGGGGUUGAUUGGAGGGAACUGAAGGGUAAUCUGAACUUUUUGCUCAAGGAGGAGGGCGAGCUGACGGGUCGGGACCUGAACCACGCCUUUCAGCAACGGUUUGGCAAGUCGCCGUUUUUGGACGGCACGCCGCUGCGGUACGCCGUGUCAGCCGGGUGGUUGAAGGGUGUGUGCUACGACCUGACGAACAAGUGCUUCAAUCUUACCGUCCGAGUACCCGCGGGCCGGAGGGAGGACCCGCCCGACGGAGCCCCCACAUUCCCCCCAACAGGAAGCCAGCUGCGUGCCGGGGCCCCUCGCCGGGAUGUUCCGCGAUCCCUCUCGCCUGACGACUUUGACUGGGGGCGGCUUUCGACCGAGUUCCGGCAAUUGCUGCUUCAGGGCGCACUGGAACCGAAAGAAGUUCACGUCAAGUAUCAUCGGGAGUUCCGCAAGCCGCUUAUUCUUGGCGAGGGUUACAAUAUGCGCCAGGCAGUCACUGCCGGGCUUCUGAUCGGCAUCACCUUCGACCCUGGAUCGCGCAGACUGAUGUGCGCGUAACGGACACCAAGGCCAGCCACGCGAAAAAAACACAAGCAACAGCGGAACUCAGACGCAUGGGAAGCACAGGCAGGCACGUACGUACAUACACGGAUGGUCGCAUCCGAUCUCAAAAACACAUGGGGUGCAUGUGUUACGGUUCGAAUGAGUAACGUUAGAUGCACGAUCCGGGCGCCAACUUCGGGGGCGCUCGUCACUCCCUGGAGGUCGGCGCCGGCUGGAGAGGCGAGAAAGGCGCCUUGUUUGUCAAGGUUGAGGGUUGGUGUGGUCGCGCAUGCACCGCCCACGCGUAUAGCAAUACGGCGGGUGUUUUUAUCCUCGUUGGAGUUUAACAGGCAAGCUCUGCUGUUGGUUGUUUUAGUUUAACCUCUUAGUUGCAGCGUGGCCCGCCUGCGGUCGGUGAUGUGGUGGAAUAUUCGAGAAAACUUGUGUGCAUCACUCUUGUCUCCGGUGCGUCCUUUUGUGAAGCGCGGCUUACCCUUGAAUGAAGGCGUGCGCGAGACUCUAGCGUUGGGUUACCCGAGCGUAAAGUGUAGGCAACUGCGCGAUACGUAUAGGAAAGGGGUGAAACAAGUGUGGAGAUGGGCAGCGUGGAUCGUUUCGAAGAAUUACGAGAUACGGUGCCUGGCUGUCAAACGCUGUCAUUUGAGCAGGAGUGAGGUCUAUGUACAGGCAGGAUGCGGUCGUUUGACGCCGCGUUGAGGUACACUGACGCAAUUUCUUCCUGCUUGACGUGCAGCGCUUGGGAAACCUCAUGUGCCGGGGACGGAAGUGUCAGAGACCCAUUGUGGUUUUGUCGCUUGGUUUGGGCCCAUAAAGUUAAGGCCGAAUGCGGUGGAUUGGUCGCUUCUCUCCUGAUGGCGUUCCAGGUGUCAGUAAGAUACGUAGUACAACGGUGGAGAUGUUCGAUGUAUGUCCGGGAUCGUGCUCCUUGUGUUUGUCUAUGGGCUGAUUUGAUUUGGUGGCCUGCGUUGCGUCACCGAGGCUCUCUGUUAUUCCGACCCCCUUGCAUGAUGGACCUCUACUAUUUCCU